UAAUAUACAGAUUUGCACAUGAAGCUGGCCACACAGCCAGAAACAGAAUCAACACUCCUUCUUCACUUCAAGUCCAAGGUAGAAUUCAUGAACCCUGUCUAAAUAACUAUUAAUACAUUUUUAUUUUACUGUGGUAUCAAAGAUGAGUAUCCACAAUUAUCUGAUAACAGCAUUAAAAUAUUCCACCUACAUAUUUGGGUAAGGCAAGCUGUUUGUUUCAUAUUCUUCAACAGGAAUGACAGGUUAAGUGUAUAUGAAAAUCAGUCAGUCUUCUGCUGAAACAGAUGAAGAGAAAUACUUGGAAACUUGUUUAGUGCAAAAGGACCCACACUUCAGACUGUUCAUUUGGAAAAUGAGUAUUUCUUGUAAGGUUUUAUUUUGUCAACACAAUGGAUCUGUUAGUAUUCUAAGUCAAUGGAAUACGUUUUAAAAGACUUUAGUUUCUAAUAUUAUUUACACAUAUAACUCACAAAAACGUGUUUUCCUUGGGGAAACUCGUUAAAUCCUCAGAGCCCAUGGAGAUCCUGAGACCAGGAAGUCUGAGAACAGCUGACCAAGACAACUCUUGACCUGAAGUCAGAGAGAACAUGAGGAAAGCUCUUGGGGCUGGAUGGAAGAGGGGAAGGAAGGACAAAAGGCCCAGGUCCCUCCCUGGUCAGGAUGUCAGGUGGCUAGAAGCCAGCCCUGGAGAUGCCCCCUCCUACGAGUUUCACUUCCUGGUCUCCCAAACUGAGUCAGAUUCUUCUGCCUAGACACUUAUGACACGAGGGUAUUUCCCACUCCCAUUGGGUGUCCGGUUUCUGCAGAAGCCAGUAGGAGGUUCUGGGUUCCAAAAAACGCGCAGAGCUCAAAUGCUCCCCAGAUCUCUAUCUCUGGGUGAUGGCGCCGCGCGCGCUACUCCUGCUGCUGGCGGCCGCCCUGGCCCCGACCCGGACCCACGCGGGCUCACACUCGCUGCGUUAUUUCGGCACUGCCAUGACCCAGCCGGGACACAGGGAACCGCGGUUCAUCGCCUUCGGGUUCGUGGACGACACGCGCUUUGUGUGGUUUGACAGCGAUGCGACGGCCCCUAGAGAGGAGCCGCGGGCGCGGUGGAUGGAGGAGAAGCGGCCAGAGUACUGGGAGCGGCAGACUCGGAUCGCCAAGGCGAACGCGCAGAUUUUCCGUAAGAAUCUGAGGACUCUGCUGCGGUACUACAACCAGAGCGAAGCAGGGUACCACACCAUUCAGUCCAUGCGUGGCUGCUAUAUGGGCAGUGAUGGGCGCUUCCUCAGCGGGUACUACAAGACAGCGUAUGAUGGAGCCGACCACAUCUCUCUGAACGAGGACCUCCAUUCCUGGACUGCGGCAAACAAGGUAGCUCUGAUUACCCAGCGCGAAUAUGAGGCAACGAAUGAGGCAGAGCACCACAGGGCCUACCUGAAAGUUACAUGCAUGGAGUGGCUCCGCAGCCAUCUGGAGAAGGGGAAAGAGUUGCUGCAACGUGCAGAUCCCCCAAAGACACAUGUGAUCCAUCAUCCCAGACCUGAAGGUGACAUCACUCUGAGGUGCUGGGCCCUGGGCUUCUACCCUGCUGACAUCACCCUGACCUGGCAGAGGGAUGGCAAGGAACAGACCCAGGACAUGGAACUUGUGGAGACCAGGCCUUCUGGGGACGGAACCUUCCAGAAGUGGGCAGCUGUGGUGGUGCCUUCUGGGGAGGAGCAGAGAUACACAUGCCAUGUGCACCAUGAGGGGCUGCCUGAGCCCCUGACCCUGAGAUGGGCUCCACCUCUUCAGCACACAAACCCCAUUGUGGUCAUCUCUGCUGGCCUGGUUCUCCUUGGAGCUGUGGUCAUUGCUGUGAUGUGGAGAAAGUUACCAAGGAGGAACGCAUAACACUGUGGAACUGAGUCAUACAAAGGUGAACACCCACACAACACACUAUGUCAUGAAGAACUCCUGACUUCUUUCUGCACUUGGCAUCUGACUAUGUCCAUGUAUGAGCUCCUGUCAGCAAAAUGUGAGUCUGUUCAGGCAAAAUGGGAUUAGCAUUCUCCAUCCCUGCCUAUUGAGAAGAGCAUCUAGAUAGGACUCUUUGAAUUCUUACCCCAGGGUUGGUUGAUGAUUUAGUGUACAGCAAGUUGCCUCAAACUUGGGAGAGGAAAUAAAACUUGAGAACAUUUCAGAAUCUA